CUAUAUAUAUAUAUAUAUUGAUAGUGUAAAAAUAUAUUUACGCAAUCAAGUUAUUUAUUUAUUCAAAUUUGAGUGCUACCUCUAGUUUCUCUUGUUAAACAAAUUUAGAAAAUAAAACCAAACCCACUUUCCAUUUCAAGAAACCAAAAAAAAAUAUGGCUGGAAAAAACAUUAUAUUUGUUGUGGAGACAAUUAUUAUAACUAUUAUUAUUUUCAAUAUUAUUGGAGUAUUUUGUGAUGACUUAGUCCCAAUACCAGCUGAUAAAUCACAAUUAAAUAGUUGGUUUGAAGCAAAUGUUAAGCCAUUAGAUGCAAGAAAAGACACUUUGGAUCCUGCCCUUAUAGCUGCUGAGGCUAAUAAAACUAUUAUUAAGGUGAGGACAGAUGGAAGUGGCGAUUUCAAGACACUGACAGAAGCCAUCAAUAGCAUUCCAGCAGGGAAUACUAGAAGAGUAAUUAUUUGGAUUGGAGGUGGAAAUUACACAGAAAAAGUCACAAUUGAGAGGACAAAGCCUUUCAUAACAUUAUAUGGAGACCCUAAGAAUGUCCCAAAUAUUAUAUUUCAUGGAACUGCAAAAGAAUACAAUACAGUCAAUAGUGCCACUGUGAUAGUAGAAUCUGAAUACUUCAGUGCUGUUAAUAUCAACUUUGUGAAUACAGCACCAAGACCAGAUGGAAGAAGUGAAUUAGGUCAAGCAGCAGCAUUGAGGACAGGAGGAGACAAAGCCUCAUUGUAUAACUGUAAAAUGUAUGGAUUUCAAGAUACAUUUUGUGAUGAUAGUGGCAAACAUUUCUUCAAAGAUUGUUAUAUUGAAGGCACUGUUGAUUUCAUCUUUGGCAAUGGCAAAUCCUUAUACCUGAACACAGAGACACAUGUGAUUCCAGGAGAUCCAAUGGCAAUGGUGACAGCACAGGCAAGAGCUGCAGCAAAUGUAGACAGUGGAUUUUCGUUUGUGCAUUGUAUGGUUACUGGUACUGGAAAUACAGCAUACUUGGGAAGAGCAUGGAAACAAUUCUCUAAAGUUGUUUUCUCAUAUACUGAUAUGAGUGAUGUUGUUCACCCUGAAGGAUGGUCUGAUUUUGGCAAAAAGGAGUUUGGCAGCUCGGUCUAUUAUGGAGAAUACAAGAAUAAAGGAGCAGGAGCAACUUUGGAUCGUAGAAUUGGGUAUGUGAAGAAAUUAAGUGAUGAAGAGGCAAAACCUUUUAUUUCCCUUGCCUAUAUUGAAGGCUCCAAGUGGUUGCUUCCUCCCCUGACACUUUAAAUAUUUGAAGUAUUAUAUGGUGGUGCUGUUUUGAUAAAAGAUGAUUUUAUCUAUUGUAAAAUGUUUUAAUGAAGAACAAAAAGUUCAAAUCACUUUUUUAAAGCUCUUCACACUUUUAAUAUAUUAUAAAUAAAUUCUUUUGAAUCCCAACCUCUUUUCCCCCUUUUGCCUCCUUUACCUAGUAUUGAAACACAAUGUACUAGAGUGUGGACCAUAUAAGUAUCUUGCACUCUGUUUGAAUAAUCCUUAUAUAUUACUCCCUCCGUUUUACAAUAAGUGAAUUGUUGGAGUAAUUUUAGUGUUUCAAAAUAAGUGAAUGGUUCACAAUUUAAGGUAGAUGUUAGAAAUUCUUUUCAAAUUUAUCCUCCAUUAAAUGUGCAUCGGGAGUGAUGUCUUUUUGAAGAGGGUAAAAAUGAAAAAACAUGAUAAAUUUAUGACUUUGCUUUUUUUUUUUCUUAACAUGUGUGCCAGAAUCCAACAAUUAACUUAUUAUGAAGUGGAGGGAGUAUUAUAUUGUACCGUACUGUAUUAUUUGAAUGCAUAUAAUUUAUUGAUAGAUCGUAUCGUUUUCUAGUGUUA